GAUAAGUCGGCAGGCCCCACAAACCAAGAAGCUUAUGCCAUCGGAUCGUUGCAUUAUUCAUGAUCCACGCCCUUUGUCAGAUUGAUUCACCGGGUGGAAAGAAUUAUAUAUCUACAUCUAGCCCCGCCUCCAUGCACACGCAGAAGAUCUGCCUGACACUCAUCGCCAUCGACCCUGGACCAUAAUGCCAUCAGAGGGAUGGAAUGGUGCCGAAUCCACCCACAGCAACGAAGAGAAACCCAGAGUCUCCGGUAACGCCGAGGGACGCUUAUCGUCAGAGACCUCGCGAUGCUCCAUUUCAUCGACUGUCGACCAUUAUGACCCCCAUCUACAUACCCUGCGGUCGCGCCGGACCGAACCCGACUUGGAACGCCAUCCGACAACCACCUCGGGCGCGCUGAGUCGGAUUGAAACCCAACGGUACCAGCAUGCACUCACCGUCGGAGAAGGCAUCAAACACCGCCCAUCGCAGGUUGCCCUGCCUCCGUUUGGCGGCGGCAAGCCCUAUCCCCCGCCGUUGCCAGCGAGGGAGGAGUAUGUCGUCGAAUUUGACGGGGCAGAGGACCCCAUGUACCCUCAGAAUUGGCCAACCUGGAACAAGGUCUACCUCAGCGCCAUUCUCGCCUUUACCAGUGUCUCCUCGACGUUUGACUCGGCCAUCUUCAGCGCGUCGGCCAACAAUAUCUCCAAAGUGUUUGGCGUCGGGUCUGUAGUGGCCAGUCUCUCCAGCACUCUCUACAUCGCCGGGUAUGCGUCAGGCCCCUUGGUCUGGGCGCCUCUCUCAGAGCUCAAAGGUCGCCGCCUCCCCAUCCUCUUGGGGAUGCUGGGAUUUGCCAUCUUCAAUACGGGCGUCGCUGUCGCCAAGGAUCUACAAACGCUCAUGGUGUGCCGGUUCUUUUCCGGCGUCUUUGGCAGCUCGCCGCUAGCCGUCGUCGCCGCCGUCUUCUCGGACAUUUACAGUAAUCGAACGCGCGGGGUGGCGAUCGCCUGCUUUUCCAGCACCGUCUUCCUCGGUCCACUCCUCGCCCCGUUCAUCGGGGGCUUCAUCAACAUGUCGUAUUUGGGGUGGCGAUGGACGGCAUGGAUCCCCGCCUUCAUGGGCUACGCGUCCUUUGUCUUGAACGCCCUCUUCCUCCGCGAGUCGUAUCCACCCGUCGUUCUUAUCGAGAAGGCCGCGGAGCUGCGACGGCACACCAAGAACUGGGGCAUCCACGCCAAGCAGGAGGAAAUCGAAGUCGACCUGCGGGGACUGCUCGUCAACAAUUUCUCCCGCCCGCUCCGGAUGCUGUUCGGCGAGCCCUUGAUCUUGGCCGUAACCGUGUACUUGAGCUUCAUCUACGGGCUCCUGUACUGCUUCCUGACCGCCUAUCCGCUCGUGUUCCAGGGGGUACACGGGAUGAACCCGGGCGUCGGCGGGUUGACGCUCUUUGGCAUGGUGGCGGGCCUCUUCAUCGGAGGGGCCUACAUCAUCAUCUCCAAUCGGUGGUACAAUGAAAAGCUUGACGCGAACGGGGGUGUACCCAUUCCGGAAUGGCGACUGCCGCCGGUGGUCAUCGGCGGCGUGCUCUUCGCGGCGGGGUUGUUCUGGUUCGGCUGGACCGGGUUCACCAGCGACAUCCCGUGGAUUGUUCCCACGCUGAGCGGGCUCUUCACGGGGUUCGGGUUGUUGAUCAUCUUCAUCCAGCUCUUCAACUAUCUCAUCGAUACCUAUCUCAUGUUUGCGGCUUCCGCCAUCGCAGCGAACACCUUCUGUCGGUCGUUGGUCGCGUCGAGCUUUCCUCUCUUCUCGCGUCAGAUGUUCACCCACAUGGGGAUCCAGUGGGCGGCUACACUGCUGGGCUGCGUCGCUGCAGUUCUGGUGCCGAUUCCCAUAUGCUUUUUGCUAUUUGGGAAGAAGCUACGCCGGCGAAGCAAAUUUGCGCCUCUUUGUGAGAAGGUCGAAGAGCCGCCGCAUGAGGAAGGUGAUCCCUCUUUCCAGCAGCCGGUUGAGAAGUAGACUUCUUUUCCAGUCUCGAGUCUCGAGAUGACACUUUCUCAACAAAAAGCCCGGUAUGGAACGGGCAGUAAAAAAAGUUUAGAUAUCCUUCACUGCAUAAUAGCAUUACAUAAUAGCAUCAAUCAUUAUUACAUAGAGCCAAAAAUUCAUGCAUUAUAUCGAGG